CGCCCUUGUUUUUCUUGACAGUUUUCAAUCAGGUCGUCUUCCAUGGAUCUCAGCCUCAGAACUAAUAACGCUUCGUUUUAGUUAGAAUGGCCAGGACCAAGCAGACCGCCCGUAAAUCCACCGGUGGCAAAGCCCCCCGUAAGCAGCUGGCUACCAAAGCUGCCCGGAAGAGCGCGCCUGCGACUGGGGGAGUGAAGAAACCUCAUCGUUACCGACCCGGCACUGUAGCCCUGCGAGAGAUCCGCCGCUAUCAGAAAUCUACUGAGCUGCUCAUCCGCAAAUUGCCCUUCCAGCGCCUGGUCCGUGAAAUCGCCCAGGACUUCAAGACCGAUUUGCGCUUCCAGAGCUCGGCCGUUAUGGCCCUGCAGGAGGCCAGCGAAGCCUACUUGGUGGGGCUCUUUGAAGAUACUAACCUGUGUGCUAUUCACGCCAAGAGAGUCACCAUCAUGCCUAAAGACAUCCAGUUGGCCCGGCGUAUCCGUGGCGAGAGAGCUUAAAGGCUGCUCAGCCAUCUUCCAAAUGACCCAAAGGCUCUUUUAAGAGCCACUACAUUUACACUUAAAGGAGUUGUAGCAUGCCUAUAAGUGUUGUUCUGAGAUGGUACACUAUUGUAGGUAAGCUGCUUUCUAGUAUAAUGAAUGGCGUUUUCCAGUUCUGUAAAAUGCACGUAUUCCCUGUUAACUUCUAAAGGAAA